CGCAUUUCGCAUAGUCGAAUUUACAGUUGAGCUUGUUUGAGGAUGCCGGCGCUGGAGGUGUUCGGGCGCCGCAGUCGCGUGGUGGGCAGCGAUGACUUGUACUGCCCCGCGCUGUUCCUGAUGCUGUACCAGCUUCCGUUGGCGCUGCUGUGCGUUCUGUACGCGAGUCUGUGGCGAAGAUGCUCGAGCACUUCGCUGGACGACAAUGGACUGCCAUUCUGGUACAUAUUGGGUGCGGCGCCGCUGUUGUUCUUCCGCGGCUGCAUCUACCUCAUGAUCAUGCAAGUGUCGGCCAAAGGAACUAUCGUGGACCACGAGCGUCGCGUGCUUAUGCCCAGGAUACUGCAGGUACAUGCUCUCUGGUCAAUUCUUCUCUUCGGCUACGGGAUCGCAGGAGUCUGCUGCUGGUACUAUCGAGACAUCUGUCGUCCUGAUGCGCGGUUUGUAUUGGCUGUGGGCGGAUUCUUAGUAGCAGAAGUGAGCUUCACCUUCACACUCGGACUUUGCAUACUGCACGACACACAAGUGGAAGAAGUGAUCAAUCAGGAGAAGCCUCCGGUCUCCAGUACGCUGGAUCCUUAUGGUAAUACUGUUGAUUCUGAACGUCAAUCUUUGUUGGACGGUACGUUGCGGCCUAAAAGGCCGAGUGGGGACAGGAAGAUGACGUUGUGUUGUGUUGCAGACGUAGAUCGAGAAGUACCGAGCUCGGACGUGUAUGUGCCGCACAGUCAGCGACUGUGGAAGCAGCGGUGCACACGUUGCUGUAUGUGCAUGCGCUGCUUCACGUGCAAUUUAUUCGGCGGCGCCGGGACUAGUCAUGACAGUAUGUCUGUGGUGGCCAAGGUGUUUUCGAGGCUGUUCUACGGUAGUCCGGACCUUGUUAUUUCGGAUAUUGUAGCAGGUUUCAUCCUACUAGCAGCUGUUCAGGCAUACGAAGACCAUCACGAAGUCAUCGCUACUUCUCCUCACCGAGAAGGAGAUGAAGAAGAGGAAGAAACGCUUGGGAAAAUCCGGGCGAGGAUUCGAGCCAGCACGAGUAAGAUGAAUUUAAUGGGCGACAAGACUCCACCAACGACGAAACCCUCUGCUACAGCACCAGCGAGCAGCUCGACGGUGGACGGAGACGAAGCAAAUCGGUUGGUAUCGAUCGAUAUUCCGUCUACGUCAGACGAUGCGAGGUUCGAGAUGUCGAGUAAGCCCUUCUACUACCAUCCAACGGAUCCGCACCUAAAUGAUGUGGAGCUGACUGAAAAGUUGAAGGAGCUAGCGCAUUUCUCCAAAUACGCUAUCGGGAUCUACGGCUGGAUGCUGUACGUGUGGUCACAUCCAUGGAGCGGGACGUUCAGUCUGGCUUUCUCUUGUCUGCGUCGCAAUAGAUCAUAUGUGCAUGGUGACAAUUGGUUCCACUUGGGCCAGACAGCGUUGCAGCUUGAAACGAAGAUCCGCAGCGACGACAUCGUGUACGCGAGCUUCCGCAACUCCGUGUAUCAACCAGCCUUCGCAGUGAUGCUGGAUCAUGAACGUAAGGAGGUUGUUAUUGCGAUCCGCGGCACUUUAUCACUGGAAGACUGUCUUACUGACGCUAUCGCGUACGGGAUGUCGAUGAACGACGUGGCGGAUCGCUGGGGUUGUGAUGGCUCUGGUGAAUACGCUCACCAGGGCUUCCUCACGUGCGCUGAGUCGAUUUAUCUGGAGCUUAAUCGUCUUGGCAUCUUGGAGAUGCUGUUUGACGAGAAAUCUACUGCGACUAUUGUCACGCACGGCGUUAACGUGUGCGAACGUGGGGCGUACCACGACUACGGCCUCGUGCUCACUGGUCACUCACUUGGAGCAGGAACGGCUUGUCUGUUGUCGGUGAUGCUGCGUGCCAAGUAUCCUCAGCUUCGAUGCUUCGCCUUCAGUCCUCCAGGCUGCACCAUGUCUCCUGGACUGGCGUCUCGAUGUGCGGCCUUCACGUACUCGGUCGUCGUGGGUGACGACAUCAUCGCACGGUCAUCACUCACGUCGGCCGAGGCCUUGCGGGACAACGUACUGGACCUGAUUGGAAGGAGCAAAGUGAACAAGGCGGCUAUCCUGCGACAGGUUAUCUCGUGGCGUAACCCUGACGAACUGCUGCACAGAAGCUCGGAUGAGCACACGGCGUUUGACGACGACAACGAGACCAGGGAGCGAGUACGCUCGCCAUUUAUCGCUCACUUGUCGAAUUAUCGUACGAUGUUGCAGCGUAUCCAAGAGUCCGAGCCGAUCCACGAGUUAACUAUCCCUGGCCGUGUAGUACAUCUCAAGCGGGUAGUGCGAGCCAAAGGAGCAGCAGGUUGUUGGGUGUGUUGCCGUCCUGGAGGAGGAGGUAUUUGCUGCACUGCACGCACCAACUAUCGCUUUGCAUGGGCAGCAGAAGGUCAGUUCAGCAAGAUUCGCAUUGGGCGUACCAUGCUGGACGAUCACUUCCCAGACAAAGUGCAUUAUGUGCUUCAGAACUGCGUCAAGCGCUUACGCAAAACUGAACACGAACACGAGCAGGAGUGUCUAUAGGAUCAUAUUUAGGGACAGAAGAAUGAAUCAUCAUGCAUUUUUACUUACUC